AUGGCCAUCGAUUGGGAUGCACCGACAUCAAAGGUCCUGCCACCGGCGAAGCUGGCGCAUGUGGUUCUACGUACAAACAAGCUCGAGGAGAUGGUCAAUUUCUACAAGACCUUCCUGGGUGCCGAAGCGAUGUACGAAAACGAGAUUUUGGCUUUCUUGACCUACGACGACGAGCAUCAUCGCAUUGCACUAGUGCAAGUUCCGGGCACCAAAGACAAAGACCGCCAGUCCUGUGGCCUUGAGCAUAUCGCCUUUACCUAUGAGUCGUUGACUGAUCUGCUGCUGGCCUACAGGCAACGCAAGGUGAGAUCGAUCAAUCCAUUCUGGCCGGUGAACCAUGGCCCCACCACCUCGAUCUACUACAAAGAUCCGGAUGGCAAUAUGCUCGAAACGCAAGUGGACAACUUUGACGAUGCCGACUCGGCCACGCAAUUUAUGAAGUCCCCGGCCUUCGCUGAAAAUCCGAUUGGGGUAGACUUUGAUCCGGAAGAGUUUAUCUCUCGCUUAUCUGCCGGCGAGAGCGAGGCAGAGCUGAAGACAAGGAAAGACAUUGGCCCCAGAGGCAUCCCAGAGUUUGCCUAA